AUGAUGGCAAAUCUUUCCAACAUAUUCAGCACUUGUUUUGCAAGGUUUCUUUCAAAUAAAAAAACAGCAUUUGACGACGGUUAUAAAAACGAAGAAACAACAAAGUUACCAACUAAAUUACUCUUUUGGUCUCGUCGAUAUGUGAUUACUUCUGGCUCGCUUGGAAAACGUCUCGUGCCUUGUAUUCAUGAUAUUGCUCAAUUACAUUCUAUUUUCAUCUUUUGCGAAGAUAAAUCAUACCAUGAACAAUGGACAAAAGGUUGGGCCAAAGUAAAAGGUGUUUUCAUUGACAUAGCGUCGCUGUGCAAAGGCAUUGAGGAUGUAUUUCGUCGCAUUGAACAGAAUACCAUACCAAUGAGUUUUGUCCCAUCCGGAAGAAAGCCAGAUCAGCUCGAUCCCUCUUUUAUGUACACACAACUGCUCAAAGAGACGUUACUGACAAUCGAUUUCCAAGAUGAACAUAUUAUACAAUUUAUUAAGCGUCAUUCUGCUUUAUUCGCCAUCGAUGGUAAACAAGUCCAUGACGUUGAGCGAUUAGUGCAUGACUAUCAUACAAAAGAUCCUAUCUGGUGGUAUACAAGAGGUAAUGAUUUGCAUGUCAUGCUCAAUAAGGCACUACGAGUGAUGGAUGACGAUGUUCUUGUGCAGAUGGGAUUCUUCAUUACUGAUCUUCAUCGAAACAUUGAAAAAUUGCAUAAAAAACAAAUUAUUGAUAUAUCUUUUUCUCGUACCUUUAUGGUUUACCGUGGCCAAGGUUUACCCAAAGCAGAGUUUGAAGAACUAAGAAAGGCGGAAGAUGGACUGAUGUCAUUUAACAACUUCUUAUCCACUAGCACGGAACGUGACGUUUGUUUGUCCUAUGCAGAGAGUAACGCUGACAAUGCUGAUUUUGUGGCAGUUCUGUUCAAUAUACAGGUUGAUCCAACUCAAUCAACAACACCGUUUGCGUUCAUUGGAAGUCUUGGUCAGUUUUUACAUGAAAAUGAAGUGCUAUUUUCCAUGCACACCGUAUUUCGAAUUCAUUCCAUCCAAUCCAUUGGCACUGCUCGACUACUAUAUGAAGUGAAUAUGUCACUAACUAGCGACUCUGACAAAGAACUAGGUGUGCUUAUUAAACAUAUUCAACGAGAGCAAUCUUACCACGAGCACGGCUGGAUUGGAUUAGGUCAGCUACUAAUUGAAUUGGGCCCAAACAACAAAGCUGAAGAGAUCUUUAAUACAUUACUAAAUAACAGGCCAAGUAAUAAGGACGCUUUACUGAUUUAUCAUGCACUUGGUGUGAUUCAACACAACCGGGGUGCAUUUGACGAAGGAAGACAGUUUUUUAGAAAAGCGCUUGUCCUUCUUGAAAACUCCCUCCCUGCAAAUCACCCCACUAUAGCUAUAUUCUACCACAACAUCGGUUCGGUGUAUGAUAAUAUGGGUGAUUAUCCAAAAGCACUCGAACAGUAUGGAAAAGCUCUUUCAAUUCAACAACAAUCUCUUCCUGCAAAUCACCCUGGCUUAGCCGCAUCCUACAACAACAUCGGUUUGGUGUAUCAUAAUAUGGGUGAUUAUUCAAAAGCGCUCGAACAGUAUGGAAAAGCUCUUUCAAUUCGACAACAAUCUCUUCCUGCAAAUCAUCCUGACUUAGCCGGAUCCUACAACAACAUCGGUUUGGUAUAUUAUAAUAUGGGUGAUUAUCCAAAAGCACUCGAACAGUAUGGAAAAGCUCUUUCAAUUCAACAACAAUGUCUUCCUCCAAAUCACCCUGACUUAGCCAUACCCACCCUCAACAUCGGCUUGGUAUAUUUUAAUAUGGGUGAUUAUCCAAAAGCACUCGAACAGUAUGGAAAAGCCCUUUCAAUUCAACGACAAUCUCUUCCUGCAAAUCACCCUGACUUAGCCACAUCCUACAACAACAUCGGUUUGGCGUGUGAUAAUAUGGGUGAUUAUCCAAAAGCACUCGAACAGUAUGUAAAAGCUCUUUCAAUUCGACAACAAUCUCUUCCUGCAAAUCACCCUGACUUAGCGAGAUCCUACAACAACAGCGGUUCGGUGUAUUAUAAUAUGGGUGAUUAUCCAAAAGCACUCGAACAGUAUGUAAAAGCUCUUUCAAUUCGACAACAAUCUCUUCCUGCAAAUCACCCUGACUUAGCCGCAUCCAACAACAACAUCGGUUUGGUGUAUCAUAAGAUGGGCGAUUAUGCAAUGGCUCACUCAUAUUAUGAGCGUAGUAUAUAA